CGAUUGUGCCCAUAUUAUUGAUAGUAACGAUAGUGUCAUCUUCUUUUCCGCUGAAGUGUUGAAAACUUUAAGAUGGCCAAGUCCAAGAACCACACAAAUCACAACCAGAACAAGAAGGCGCACCGCAAUGGCAUCAAGCGCCCGAUGCGCAAGCGCCACGAGUCCACUCUGGGUAUGGAUGUGAAGUUCCUGAUCAACCAGCGAUAUGCCCGCAAGGGAAACCUGUCCCGCGAGGAGUCCGUGAAACGCUACAACGAGCGCGUUGCUGAGCAGAAGGGCAAGCCCAAGCCAGUUACUCUGUAGAUUCCUCCUCCGCCUGUGGUGACAUUAAAGGAUAAAACAAUUUA